AUGCUACAAGCCGCCACUUUUUUCGCUCUUCUCUUCUUGGCAAGUUCUGUUUCGGCUAUUUACUCAAACAAAACUGCCUCCACCACCACUACUUUAGCGCCCAGCUACUCCUUGGAGUCCCACGAAACCACUGUGUCGUACGCUGACGACAUCACCACUUUUUUCGUCACUUCCACGGUCUAUUCCACGCACUGGUUCGCUCCGACUUCUGCCACCAUCACCAGUGCAGUCUCCUCUGGAUCGGCAGCGCCUAAGUCAUCCCACGAAAUCACUUCUACUUCGACCAUCACGUCCACCUUGCUGCUAACCCUUCCUGACACAACCACCCUGUCACCGUCAUCUACUGCAGCCAGUAUCGCUGAAAACGGUUCGAACAACAAAGAUGCGAAGGUCAGAUCUUUAGAUCAGGCUUCAACCUCUAACGGUUGCGUCCCCAUCACCAAGUUUGUCACCGUUACAAAUGAGCCCGUUACCCAGUACGUUACAGUCACUCCAAAUACGACUACUCAAUACGUUACUGUCACGGGCGCUCCCUCGGUCACCACAGGCUCGACAGGUAACGUACAAUGGUUCAACACUACUUCAAUUACUAAUUCCACCCGUUGGUAA